UCAAUUUUCAGUUACACAACCACCAAACUUGUAGUCUGAAUUCUAGCUUCGGUCAAACUGAACUAGGAUGUCAAUUUUGGGAGCAUAACCAUGUAUUGAAUAUUCAUUGUUUUCGAAGACCAUCUGACUGCAUCUGUUUGCAUAAUUGCUCUGGGUUUCUAAGCAAAUUGGAGAGAAGCAGCUUGAAGAUGAGCAACAACCAAUUCAGCAGUGGUUUGGAAUCGGCCAACUUUGUAUUGACCUCUGAUCCAGUUCACCAAGCUUGGAAUGCGAUCGGCAAACAAAAACAGAUCAAUCCAAAUGCAGAGCCAUCUUUGUUCAAUGAAAUCCAACCAGAAAAUCCUACCAUCAUAGCUUUUGGAACUCCACCUAGCUCUCUUCAAGGACAAGAAGGCUUGGUUUCAUCAUCAAAUCUCAAAGAAGACAACUUUGAUCACUUUGAGUUUUUGUGCAACAAAAGCAACCCAAAUUUCUCCCUCAAUCAAGCAGCCAUCGAACUCUUCAAGUCACAAUACCAUGAGCUCCUUCGCCUGAAAGAGAAGCUGGUAGGGAAUAGCAAAAGCAAAACCCCUUCAUUAGUAAUCAUCACUGGACAAUCUGUGGGAGGUAGUGUGGCUACACUCUUCACUUUGUGGCUGCUACAAGGCUUCAACUUGUCGAGAGCCAAUAAACGCCCCCUUUGCGUUACUUUCGGUUCGCCCCUUGUUGGAGAUGAACACCUCCGACAAUGUGUGUUACAGUUCUCAACCUUGAAGUCUUGCUUCUUGCAUGUUGUAUCUAACCAAGAUCCUACACCUCAACUCUUUAUAUCCCGAAAUCCUGGUGCUUAUAAGCCAUUUGGGACAUUCCUAUUAUGCUCGGCUUCAGGUUGUGCUUGCUUUGAGGACCCAGAUAUCAUUUUGGAACAGUUGGUGAAAACCAACUCUCAAAAUCAAGAGUGCCAUUAUGGAAAAAUUUUGGGAGAUCUCAAGUGCAAGGCAUUGUGUAAUGUGCUCAAGUCUACUGAAGCUGAAAGAGAUUCACUUCAAGCAAGCCUUAUCACACAACUUCAAGCAAUUGAAAUUCUCUCGCAGAAACAGCCAAGUACAGAGAUCCACAAUCUGAUUCAAAGGAUGAAGAAACAUGAAGCGACGUUACUAAUUCAGAUGAAGAAAAAUUCGAAUUUGGAAUCGCACGAGGAUUUGAAUGAAAUGAAACUGCUCAUGGCCUUCUUGGAGUGGUACAAGAAGGAAGGCAUACGUAGGAAAACUGGAGACUAUGACACGUACAAAAACCAGUGGGACCCAACUGACAAGAAAAAUGUGGAGUAUAAGGAGAAGCUUAUGAAUUACUGGGAGGACAUUGUCACAGAAGUAGAGAACAGGCCCCAAAUAGAAGGAGCUCAUUUUCGGGUUCGUUUUCUUUAUGCAGGCACAACGUACAGAAGGUUGCUUGAACCACUUCACAUUGCAGAAUACUACAAGGAUGGCGGGAAAAACUACCAAACUGAAGAGGGAAAAAGGCCCAAACAUUUCAUUCUUUUGGAGGAGUGGUUGAAGAAAGUAGUCAAACCUAAAGCUACCCCAAGCAAAUCGAAAAAAGAGAACGCGGGAUCUAAUCUCAAUGAGGAUUCUUGUUUUUGGGCAUAUGUUGAGGAAGCACUCAUCUCUUGCAAUACGCUGAAGGAUGAAGAAUCAAGUAGUGAAGAGAGAGAAUCUUCGCUGCAAAAAUUGAAAGAAUUUGAGGGAUAUGUGCUGGAUUCCCUCAAGAAUUAUGCCGUAAACCCUGAGAUUUUCUUGGAGCAGAGCAGUUUCAUGCAAUGGUGGAAUAAAUAUCAGGUAAUUAUGGGAAGUUACUAUUCCUCAUCACUCACGAAACUCAUGAAGAAUGGCACUUACCUCCUGUUUAACGAAGGAAGACUGGAUUUGUGAUCCAAUAAAUAAGAAUGCCAGCUAUUUUUUCUUUUUUCUUUGAGUGAAAAGUAUUAAUUGGAUGUAAAUUUGUUUGAAUUAAGAGUACGUA